CAGUGCUCAUGCGACGCAUCGACAGACUCUGUGACAACACUACCCACCUGCCCCGCCUCCACACUGCUGGUGUGACGCUUGUGUGAGCACACCUUGGUACUUUCAAGUCACUUCUCGCGAGAUUUGGGUGAGACGUCUGCCGAGGAGAACAAUACAAUACCAAGUUUCUGUAUUUCACCUGUCCCACACAGUUGUGAGGGUUUUGUCCCGUGACACGUUACCUGCAUUGCUAAAAGAACAGCUGAACAGCUUUGUAUAACUACAAGACAAUGCCACGAUCAUAUAAGUUCUUGGAUGGACUUCGUUAGACCCAAUACGGAGGCUUUAUACGGUGGUCAUAUUUCUGGCCGACGUCUGCGUGGGGUCAAGGUUAAUCCCAUAUUCCAAGAAAAUGAAGGAUCUCGAGAUGCAUGCGACACGCAGUCCGAGGGCGGCGUUCCCGUGGGGGAAAUUCAAAUCGAAAUGUACGAAAGUUUACCCCGCCAUAGAUCCGUCCGCCACACUCUGUCAGCACCAGUCGUGGUCAUCGGCCAAACCCGGUCCACAGGAGUGCUGCCUGACCACUCCGACCCAGUCAAAAAUGGCAACAAUACCAGACACAAGUCAGAAACCGAGAACAGCUUAAAGAAUAGAGGCUCGAGGAAGCAGAAGAAACAGCUCUCUCGUCAGAGAAGAUACGAAGCGUCCUCUGAUGACCCGGAUGUGAUUGAACUGGCGGACUCUUCACUUCCGAGUUCAAGCAACUCCUCCCCUUCAUCGUCUUUUUACUCUUCAGAAAGGUCAAACAAGGACACUGGCUGGUCACGUGGUAACAGACCAUUCAGUCAAAGGUAUUAUUUAAGUACCCUCUCAGAGAGAACUGUCUCAGCUGACAGUACAGCCGCUGAUCAGUCCACACAAGCAGUAUGCGACGAAGAGGAUAGCGGGUUGUCCAGUUAUGGUCAAAGUCAGACUGAACACAUAUAUAACAACAAUAACAACGCUUUCUACAUUUCUGAAACUUUAGGCCAGCCAACGGUUCAUUCCCUUGACUUAAUGAAUAAUAAUGAGAUGUCAAUGCCUGAUCAAAUGUUACAACAUUACAACGCAGAAUCACUGCGCAUGAGCAGGCUUCGAGCGGAAGUACUCAGGAACGAAAAUUAUGUCGAGGAGUUCUCCAGAAACCCGAACACGCUGCGUCCCGAAGAUUUCAUCCUGUGUGACACCCUCAGCUUAAGAGCGGUCUUCUCCCUUUCCAGCUCGAGCUCCAUAGAUUCAGACUACAAGAACCUCGAGUCUAAGCUCGCCAACAAAAUACACUGCCAAUGUAAUGGGCGCCCAACCCUUAAAUGUGAAUGUGGUCGCGCAGCUCUGCAGAAACUUUUUCGAGAAAAACGGGACGGACUCCAGAACGGAUCCAUGGAGGACAAUCUCCAGACCCUAGACGCUGGACAGCUUCUGAAAAAUCAAGUUAACUUGAAUGACGCGUCAUCGCCUUGCCUCCAGCCUGCGAAAGGGUCGCAGAAGAAACUCUUGGCUUUGCACGCCUUGGGGCAUGCCGAAGGGAAGUUCGUGACGUUCUCGGACGAUACGAUCUUUAACGAAGACAACCGAGUGACGUACGUGAAGGAGUGUAUUACUCGGUCAGCCUUUCAGUUACAUCUUGACGAUAAAGAGGCUGGCUAUGACAAUAACGGCUUUCUUACGGACGACGAGAAGGCCUUACAGCUGAAAGACAAAAACUCUAGCAAUAAAUUAAAUUCUCAAGGAUCUAUAGUGCUUUCGGUAUCAAGUUUAAAUGCACCUGCCUACCUGCACGCCUAUCUGAUGGGGUUUCACCAAGAAACGAAAACUCCAGAAGGUACACCUAGUGAGGAAAAGCGGGCCGCCCCUGUCAGCAUUGAGGCCAUUGGAGGCAUCACCACCGACGAUCCCGCCUUUGAUACGAUUGGUGAGGCUACGGAGGAGGACUUUGAGUAUUACCGGAGAAGGCGGCGAAAGAAAAAGUCGUGCGGUAACUCCGAGGACGGCAGCGUGGAGGCUUGGACCAAGAGAACCAGCCGGUGUCGGAAGAUCAAAAUCUCUGUAAUCGUUGUGACUGUUAUAAUUGGUAUUGUGGUCGCCAUCGCUUUAGCCAUACACUUUGGGGCCCCUGCAGCGGGGAACUCUUCCUUGACCAGUGAACAAACUCAAGAGCCUGGCAGUAGCUUUUCACGAAUUUUGUUCUGACGUCAGAGGAGAACACGCCGUUGGGCUGUCGAUCUGGAGGACUCACUAUUGUAUAUUUCGAUAUGCCAACCGAUUUAUUUUGUAAUUAUGUUUGUUUUUUUAUCCAAAAAUUUACAGGAAAUCGGCGCAGUUUAUACGGUGGCGAAAACCCAGAAGUAAUCUACAUAUAUUUGCACAUCUGAAUGAGAGUUUAUGCUUUGUGACUUUGUCAUGAAAUGUUGAAUUGUUAAAAAAGAAAUACGCAAAUGACUUUUGGCCAAUCGUCUGUCUACAAAUAUCUGGCAAGCAUGAGGGGAAACAUUAUGCGAAGGUGCCCAUUUUGGUUUGUAGUCUGUUGCGUAGCAACAAUAAUUAUGGCCAGGGAGAAGUUAAAGUUGACGACGUAAAUAAGUAGUCAGGAUUCUAAUUCAUCAGCCUGACCGUAUUUUAUUCUAGUUAGAUAAUGAUUACGCUUUAUAGAGUGUGAACACGAUAAGAAUUAGGCUAAUUGGGAUACCGUUUAACAAACCUUUCGCUACACUUUAAAUAAGUCAUUUCCUUCACUUAAAUAAAGCGUUUAAUGGAUAGCCUUCCGCUAAACCUAAAUAACUCGUUCGGGACUGAAAUAUUCAAUUUUGCAGACUAAGCUCUUUCGCCAUAUACCUACUUGAUUUUCUUACUCUAUUUUUUUUUUGUUCUCUCUCUCUCUCUCUCUCUCUCUCUCUCUUUAUUCACCCUUGCAAUAUUAGGCCUACUUUAAACAAUGAUAUCAUAAAAAGAAAAAAAGUAUUUGGAAAAUAUUUAUAAAUGUAAGCCUUAACUUCUCUUUAUAUUUUGAGAAUAUAAGGUUUUAUAUUUUGAAACCAAAGAUCUUCUAUUACAGUGAUUUAUUUAAAAACAUAGUUAUGAUUUAUGUCACGGUAACCACUGGUCAGCAAAUGAAGAGCUUGAAUCCUUGCAGCGCUCUAUCAAGCAGUCGUUCUCCAUGGACCGUCAUCACUGUUCAAACUAUGGACUCUUUAUCCCGUUGUUAUCUAAACCACAGACCUAUAUAUAAUAUAAUAGAAAUAUAAUUUAUAUAGGUCUGUGAUCCUACCCUUUCUUCGCACCAAUAUUUUGUUUCACUUUUGUCAUUGAAGAGCGCACAAAUCUGAACAUUUGCUCAGAACACAAUCUUAUCUUAGCCUUUAUCUCAGCCUACCUCAUUACCUCAUUGUACAUUGAUCCUUUCACUAAAGCUUUCAAGAGUCAAUAUAUAAGUCUUACAUUGUCUCCCCCUUUGUUUGGUGAUUUUUCGAUCAAGUUAGUACCCUCUCUCUUUCUCCUCUUUCCUAUCAUUCAGAAACCCAGAGGACUUCAGGUACAGAAAUAUAUUAGGCUAGGACACAUUUGUACAAAUGCUCCUUCACCCCAUUAGAUGGCUGACUGGUCGUGCGGUGUGCGCGCUGGACUGUCGUUUUGAUUUAUCGAUGGUCCCGGGUUCAAACCCUGCCCGCUCCCAUCCCCCGUCGUCCUGCGGGAGGUUUUUGAUUAGGAAGUAAACUAUCUUCAACUCUGAAGGAACAUCCGAAAUAUGUAUAAAACAUUUUUUUUUUUUUUUUACAAGAGCAUGGAAUGGGUUUCCUGAGUCAGCCAGGAAAAACAAUGACGUGGUAGAAUUUAAGUCAUUGACUAGCAUGCAUGACUAGAUUGACACAGGGACACGCGUAGGGCGUAAUCAUUUUUUUUUUUAAGUAACGUCUGUAUAAGAUAAGAAAUAUAGCGUGCAUAUACAGUCGAAUCUGGUUAAUCGCAGCACAUCAAGACCGGAUCGUUUUGAUCCUAAUAACCGUCUGAUACAAUUACACGAACAUUCCCUAUGUUACAAGACGGGAAUUGUUUUAAUGUAUGUAACAAAUAUUUCAUAAACGUUUAUACGGUUAUAGCGAAGUUACAACAAGAACUAAUGUGCGAUAAUGCAUAAUUUGCUAACAUGUGGAAUAACUUGUUGGAAAGGCGUCGUUUCAUCUUAGCUGUUGCGCAGCUUAGUCAACUGAAUAAAAAUGGCAUCAAAAACCACACGCACAAAAUUACCAUAAUUAAAGAACUUUUUGAACAAAAAUGUCUCAGCAAAAUUGGAAAAAUUUUGGAAGGCAACAGCCACCCGCUCCAUCUCCAAACCUUUUCAACCAAAGCUAAAAUGUAAGAUAAGAUAAGAUAACUUUAUUAAACCAAACAAAUGGAAAUUCAGUUUGACUACAAUUGACAACCUCAGCGUAACUACUGUACAAUAACAAAAUAGAUGCACGAUAUACAUGCACAUACGAACAACAUUCACACACGAUAAAAACACAUAAUUAUCUCUUAUAAAUAGACUUCUGUGUACUUUUCGAUGAUGACAGAAUGUUAAUUUUUAAUGUUUGUCAUCCAGGGUCUAUUAUUACUGAAUGUUUUUAAUUUUCUUCUUUGAUAUAAUUAUGUUUUCACAGAACUGGAUGUACGAAUUAACAGUUGCGUUAAGUUCAUCUGUCUGGGCAGUUGUUUACAAACAUGUCCCAAUCUGCUCCAGACAACUUUGUAGCUGUAAAAAAGCGUCAUCAGACCGUGCCAGGAUGGACUGUACUUAGGGUACUUCGGGUUUUGUUGUUUUUAAAACCGGUUUGUACGUGGGUGUAAGAUGGAUCAUUGUGUGGUCCGACACUCCGAGGGGAAAUGACAAUCGAGAUGUGUAGGACUACAUUUCCGACACCCAGGCCGCAAUAAGUCAAUUGUAACCAAUCCCCUGCGCUUUCAUUGUGCACUGCCUGUAGAAGUUUGGAAGGCCUGGAUAUGUCCCGAGGAGAGAGAAGUCACUGGCCUAUACAAAAUAAAAGCCUAGUGUUGUCAUCUUCUUUUGUAGGUCUACAGUGUUUUAGAUGUUACAUGUUCCUUCAGAGUUGAACUUAAUGUGCUUAACCCAAACCCAGGCUCGCAGGGGAUGGCACUGGGCAGGGUAUGAACCCGGAGCUAUGGAGACUUAUCGAACCACAGAAAAGUGCAUACCGCAACAAACGUAUAGUAUUAAUUCUAAUGAACUUUUCCUAAAUAAUAUUUAUCUGAAAUAUUUAUAGAUAGAAGCACUAUUAGCAAUAUGUCUUAAAAGGGCCCAUAUAGUAUGCAUUUUUAAAAGUAAAUAUAGGUGCUCUACCUACCCCCACACAACCUUUAGGAAGAGGGGAGGGAGUAUAUUUGUGUUGGCACUCAGCAUUAUCUGUCUCAGAUAAAAGACAUUGAUUGAAUUAGAUUUAUUUUGGCCCAAUAAUCUUAUCAUCUGAGAUGCAAGGCACAUGUCUUAACACACUGUGAUACUAUCUAUCUUAACAACUUGUCUUACUUGGUGCGUUGAAAUGAUGUCUUGCGUUGUUUUAACUUUCCAUUAAACAUCUUUCAACCUGUUCAACCGGUUAAUUGACUGAACACUAUUCAGUGCUGUGACUGAGUAACUUAAUGGACUAGGAGGACUUUUUUUAUUUUGUUUACUUAUUAACUUUGGUGACUUACUGACUUUACAUAUAAUUAUAGCAUAAAUUAUAGACUAUCUAUGACUUAUUGACCUCGAUGACUAAUUGGUUUUGUUAUACUUAAUGGUUUUGUAUGACUUAUUGACCUAUUGGAAACGAUGUGUUAUUGACCUGUUUGGAUACGAUGUGUCAUUCACCUGGAUAUCUUCUGAGAUUGGAUGAUUAAAACUAUUUAUUGACUUUUGACUUGAGUGACCUUUUGACGUGAGAGUGAUCUUUUGACUUGAGUGACCUAUUGACUUAUGUGUUUUUGACUUGAAUAGUCCUUGUGAAACACUGCACUCAUCCCAAAUCUUCGGAAUCGAAGACAUUGCCAUUAUUAUUGAACCCUAUAAAGUAAUGAUUGUUGACUUAUAUACUUAUUUGUUGUAUUUUUAACCUGUAUGAUUUCUUUAGUACUGUUGACAGAUAUUUGAUGACUUAUUAUCAGUCCACGUGUAUUUCUUGACUUGUCUGGCAUAUUGAUGAUUGCCAAGUAGGCCUAUGAGAUUUUUUGUUGAAAUACCGCCACGAAUUAGUUUCUUGUCUGGAAAGCAAACAUUUUUUUUUAUCGAUUCACUUUUAUUGUUAUGAAUUCAAUUAUUAUUAUAUUGUUUUUUUAUUUUCAUUGCAACAAUUAAACACAGAAAAGUAUUUGUAAUUCACACAUUAGGCCUACUUUGUGCUGGCACAAACCAAACUUGAGCACAAAACUGGGAUUAGUUGGAUAGCGUCAUUUCGUUUUAGGUCGACUGAAUGCCAGAAACAAACAUUUUAAUACUAUAUCUACCCAAAGUGACAUUUAUAAAGUAGACUUUAAAAUCAGUAUAAACAUAGUGGGUAGAAAUUCAUAAAAACAUAUGAAAGUAAUGAAACAGUACAACAGUUUAUAAUUAAGUUUCUAAGAUCUUUUAAUGCCUUUACGUUUGUAAUGUGUAAAUUAAAUCAAGUUUUAAAUUUUAAAAAAAAGUUCUAAUAAUUUUUAUUUAUUUUUGCUAGGAUAGAAACACAACUGUGAUUCUUAUUUUAAGUAAAGUAUAAAGGCAACACAAAAUUAAUAGGUGUAACAAAUGUGAGCCCCUACUAUGAUAUGUCAAGUCUUUCAUCAGACACAAUGCCAGACAUAACUAACAAAGCCAACGAUUUUUUCUUACAUAAUGUAUGCUCCCUUAUGUCGUCUGCAUAGUUUGAUUACGUCAUUGUAUGCAUUUCGCAUCGUUCAGUCAUGACUGAACUAGUUUCAUGGUUCAGUGCAUUAACCUACAUAGUAUCAUAAAGAACAUUUCUGAGAUAACAUUUCAUGAUGUGCGCUUUGUAAGCAUUCACUGUGAUUCCAAAGCACAAUUUUUCUGCCUUCUCUUUCUUCUAAACUUAUAUCUAAAGGGCGGUAAGCACAAUCCAAUGUUUUUGUUUUGUUUUUUUCUUAUUUAUA